AAGCUAGUCUCUGGUUCCGCCAUGGUUAAAGCAAAAGGCAAAAUGGCGACUUCCCCUUGAAAUUAAACCCUCAUUCUGGCCUGCCCAGUGCCCACAUAAUAAAAUUGAGCAGCGAACUGAAGAUUCUGUUCUAUUGAGACAAGCGAGAAGAUGAUACUGAGGACUCCACCGCCCAAGAAGCGGAGAGGCGAAGCCAUAGCUGCUGAGAGCCCCCCUCCGCCCUCCGAUCGACGCCUCGUUAUCUACGACCACAAUCCUCCUCCUGUUCCGCCGGACUCCUCCGAUCAAUUCCUCUGCACCUACCAAUGCCGCCAAAUGGUGAAAGCAGAUUUUGUAGAUGCUCUAACCACUGCAGAGAAGCAACUCCAUGAUUAUCAAUCAAAACUGGAGGCCUUAAAUCAAAAUUUGUCAAAAGCUGAAGCUGAGAGUAAAAAGUUCCGGGAUCAAUUCUUGUAUACUGAACAAGAGCUGGUGGCUGCAAAAAGACGUGAACAGGUACUACAAGAGCAGCUAUUAAAAGAGCUUAAUGAUUCUCAACAACGAUUCAGGAAGCAACUGCAGUCCUACAACGAACUGGAGGAUUUGGUACCUAUCACAAGGAGGAUGGACCAUCAGCCCACCAAGCUGAUUGGCUUCUGCAUGUUCCAUUACAUAUUUCAGUUGAAGCUGCAAAAUGAAAUGAACCUUCGCGAGAAAGCUGAGUCUUCAGCAGAGUCAGCUGACGGGAAAGCAACUCUUUUAGAGAGAAAAUUAAGCCAGCUUUCUGAAAGCAUCGAAAGAGAAAAAAGGCACCUUAGUGAUGAGCUUGCUCAAACGAAAAGUGAAUCAAAGCUUUCUAUUUCUAGAAUAAAUGCAGAUCUUGAAAGAAUGAAAUGUAAAGCUAAAAAUGCUGAGGAAGAAUCAGAGCUUUUGAAAGAGCAGCUUGAGGGUGUUAUGAAACAAUUUAAUGAGUGCUUGCACCAGAAGAGUGAAGUAGAGAAGAAGUUAUCAAGUUUUACACUUCAGGAUGUUACUCCUACAGAGAAUAAUCCUUUGAUUAAGCACCUUCAAGAGGAGCUUAGGAACUAUGAGUCUGAGGUGCAAGAAGCAAGAAAACUGAAAUCCUCUCAUGAGAACAUUGAGUUGUUGAAAGAAAAAUUACUGGAAGAGAAGGGUCGCAAAGAGAGGGCAGAAUUGCAGCUUUCUAAGUUACAGGAACUCCAGUUAAGUUUGAACAAUUUGGAGAACGAACUGUCAUCUUGGAAGCUGAUGAUGAAAGACAUUCCUGGGGUAUCAUGUCAUGAAGAUAUACCAGUCAAAUUUGCUACCUUACAAAAAGAGGUAAUUGAUAGCACAAUGAAGAUGGGUGAGGCAAAUGCACGUUUAAAACAAAUGGAGGUCAGUCUGGAUCUUGCACAACUCGGUAAACAGAAUGCUGAGGCUGAGGCUGCAUUGGCUAAAGAGAAGGCAGAAGUAUUAAAAUCAGAGAUCAAGCGGAUUGAACUGAUGCUUUCAAUGGUUACUGACGAGAGAGACAAGUUUAGAAGUAUCAUUAAUGAAUUAAAGAAGCCUAAGAAUGAGGAAAUGACAGAUGAAGCAGCCAAUAUGACUAUUGUUCAGGAGCUUGAAUUAUCUCUUGUUAACAAGGAAUUUGUUAUUAAGGAGUUAGAGAAUAGUUUAUGUCAACAAAAAGAACUCAAUGAUCGUCAACAUAAUGAAAUUAGGCUGCUAAAUGAGAGGCUUAAUGAUGAAACAAGAAGAAUCAAAUCACUUGAAAGAGAGGGUGACCGACUUUGUUCAGAGAUUUCACUAUUGGAGUCCAAGUUGGGUCAUGGCGAUUUUUCUAGUGCAAAUACAAAAGUUCUGCGAAUGGUAAAUACUCUAGCUCUAGGUAAUGAUGCAAAACAAACAAUAGAAGCUUUACAAACUGAGUUGCAGAAGACAAAGGAAAGGUUGCAAGCUGUUGAAGAAUUGAAAAGUCAGUCAGGGGAUACUGGGAAGCUGGUCGACUCCUAUAUAUCUGAGAAAAUUUUGAAAUUAAAAGAACAAAUUGCAACACUUGAAAAACGUGAAGAGAGAGUUUUAACAUGCAUUUCCUUAUCAACUCAACAGGCAAAUAAUUAUACCUCUCAGCCUGAGAUAUCCCGUCAGAUUGAGAUUUUUAUCCGGAAGAUGAAUUCAAUUCCUGCUUUCACUGCCAACUUAACAGUGGAGUCUUUUAACAGGCGAACUUUAUCUUGAAAUGGGGCAGUUUAUCUAGAUAGCCCCAAAAUGUGUCUAUUGUUAUUGUUCUUUUUCAGAAAUGUAUCAACAAUGCAAGAUACUGUAUAGUUCACAUUCCACAUUUUUCCCGAGUCCCAACCAUGGGAUGUGUGUUUGAAUUCCUGUUCUGCAAAAUGCAACGAAGGCCAGAUUCGCUACUCUGGCUCUUUUCUUUUUUUUUUUUUAUUUUCAGCCAAGCUAAUCUGCCUUGAUAUUUGUAUACAUUAUCCCAGAAUAUGUGGUUUUAGUUAUUUUUCACUUUUUCUUGUCUCUGUGCAUAUAUACAAUAUAUAUAAAACUAUAAAGAUUCUAUGUGGGA